GUUCUGGUUCUGUGGUUUGCGAGUGAAGAUGACGAAGAGGUAGCUGUUCGGCUGUCACAUUUUCCGAGCUUUAAGUAGUUCGAAUCAGUUGUGUUCGACUUUCUGGAGGAUUGUAGGAUUGCAUGGUUAAGGAGAUGGAUACCUUUAUGCUGUUGGUGUGUACAUAUGGUUGCAGUACAACUGUAAUAAAUGUUGCCCGCGCAAUGUGUUAUUCUCGUUUGGUGGAGUGUUUGUGUGAGAAAUGGGAUGAGUUGUCUGCUGGUUCUAUUUCACUGUUCUGUAAACUACCUGGGAUUAGGAAGUGUGAUUUGGACAAUGAGGAAGAAUUUCAGAACAUGUUACUGCUUGCUAAAUCAAUGGGGGUACAACAUGUAGAAGUUGUGGUUGAGUUGAAAAGUGGUAUUGGUCAGUCAAGUAGUUCGGGAUCGUUGCAUGUGGGAGUUGAGGAAGAUAUUGAUGCACUACAGAGAUUUUGCCACCAUAAGGAGAAGUCAGCCCCUUGGGCAAUGGUAUUACGCAUGUUGGAACAAACGGUUGUUGGAGGUGCACAAGAAUUUCGUGACGUUUUAUGUAAGUACGCCAUCCAAUGUGGUUCAGUUAAUAUGUGA